AUGUUCUUAAUACUCUUUGCCCCUGUACUUGCUUCUUCGUUAAAAGAUAAGAUCACCACACAUGAAGUCACUUUACCUGCCAACCUUUUAGGUGGUGAAUCCAAUUGGCGUAUUUACACAAUUUCUCAACUUUCUUCCAAUACAAACAAUAUACUUCGAAUAGAUACUUUCAAUGAGUAUUCAGUUAGAGGCUUGUACACCAAGCCCGAUGGUUCUUAUGGUGUUCUUUUAUGGAACACAAACACUUCACUGAUUUAUUUCAGAAAAGUUGAUGAAACAGGAAAAGAAGUGUACACCAAACAUCUUGAGCUUCAACAACAAUGGAUCCCUUCAAGUGUUCUUGCUGAGUCAGAUAAAGGUUAUGGAAUUGGUGACAGUCGUGUAAAUUAUGGAGAUGGGAAGUUCCACAUAUACACGCACGUCCACAGCGAUCCAACAGAAGACAGCAAACAAGGACACGAAGGAGAUGCUCUUUUCACAGUGACAGACGACGGUGAAGUAGAAAAAGUGUGGCCAUGGGGAUGCAGUCAUAUGAUGUCUGGUUUACAGGGUUGGAAUAAUAAGACCAAAACAAUGAUUCAUGUUUGUGACUUUGAUUCAUAUCCAGGACUUGGUAUUUUUGCAGAGAAUUCAGACCAGUAUACUCUUUAUCAACAUGCGGCCAAUAGAGGUGGAUGUACAGCCGGGUAA